AACGCGCAGUCGGUGCUAAGCGACGCCAAGUGACGGACGCGGUUGUGCGUCUUCGAGGAGCGGCGGCGCGGAUCACGACCUCGCGGUAGGUCUGUCAGUCAUUGCGAUUGAAACAGAGGGAGAAAGAGCGAGAGAGAGAGAGAGAGAGAGAGAGGGAGAGAAAGGGAGAAAGAAAGAAAGAGAUAGAGACAUGUACGGCAGCAAAGGAACAACUAUCGGAUGCUGGCUCGUGUGGUGCUACGUCUUCCUGACAUACCAUGUGGUCAGCGAGGCACCAGCCGACACUAAUGAUGUCCUGGUCGCCACUGUUGCCUCCGACGAAACGGAUGGCUUCCGAAGGUACUUGAGAUCGGCUGAGAUCUAUGGAUUCCGCGAUAACUUGAAGAUCCUCGGCCUGGGCGAGUCAUGGAAGGGCGGUAACGUAUCUUCCGGUCCCGGCGGUGGAUACAAAGUUAAUCUCCUGAGAAAGGCCUUGGAGGAUUAUCGAGACGAUGAAAACAAGAUCGUAUUGUUCACCGAUAGUUACGACGUAAUAUUCCUCGGCGGCCUGUCCGCCAUAGUCGAGAGAUUCCUGGAUACCGGCGCUCGGAUUUUAUUUUCCGCUGAGGGAUAUUGCUGGCCGGACAAGUCUCUCGCGAGCCAAUAUCCAGCAGUAUCGAGGGGCAAGCGAUAUUUAAAUUCCGGAUCCUUCAUCGGAUAUGCCACCGACUUGCUCGCUAUCCUGGACACUGUUUCCAUCGAGGAUGAGGACGACGAUCAGCUGUUGUACACAAAUGUAUACCUGAACGACGAGCUUAGAGCGCGACACAGGAUAAAGCUGGAUCACAAGUCCGAUAUAUUUCAGAAUCUCUUCGGUGCGGUAGCCGACGUGGAGCUCAGGUUCAAAGGCGAAGAGGCGUAUCUUCAAAACAUCGUCUACAAUACGGUGCCCCUGGUGCUCCACGGCAACGGGCAUAGCAAACUGGUUUUGAAUUCCCUCGGCAAUUACGUAGCUCGCGCCUGGACACCGGACGAGGGAUGCUUAGCCUGCUGGGACCAGACUGUCGAGCUGGACAAGACCAAGCCGGAGAUGUACCCGGCUAUCAUCUUGAUAGCCCUUUUCAUCGAGCGACCUACGCCGUUUUUGGAGGAGUUUUUCGAAGCUAUCUAUCGCCAGUCCUAUCCGAAGUCGAAGUUGCAUCUGUUCAUUCAUAACGCCGUGUCGCAUCACGAUGGCGUAGUGACGGAUUUCUACGAAAGAGCUAAACGGGAAUAUGUGGACGUGAACUACAUAUCGGUGAAGCAAGGGGUCAACGAAGUUCACGCUAGAAAAUUGGCGAUGAAACAUUGUGCGUUCAACAAGUGCUCCGGAUAUUUCUCGGUCGACGCGGUCGCACACUUGGACAAUGAGCAUACGUUGAAGUUAUUGGUGGAGCAACAGAGAAGAAUCGUCGCGCCUUUGCUUAUUCGGCCGUACAAGGCGUGGAGCAACUUUUGGGGCGCCAUUACGGACGACGGAUUUUACGCGCGAAGCUUCGACUACAUGGAGAUUAUAAAAAACGAGCGCAGGGGUCUGUGGAACGUGCCGUUCGUGAGCAACUGCUAUCUGAUCAACGCCACCAUUCUCAACGACGAGUCCACCCGUCCGUUCUACGGAAAUCCGGAUGGCAAUUCGGACGCUGACAUGGACUCGGAGAUGGCAUUCGCCCAACGUAACCGGCAUGCGGGUGUGUUCAUGUAUGUCAGCAACAGGCUCGAUUUCGGCCAUCUCGUCAAUCCCGAUACCUACGACAUCAAACUCACGUAUCCGGAAAUGUACCAGAUUAUGGACAACAAGCUGGACUGGGACAGAAGAUACAUUCAUGCCAAGUAUAGCGAGAGCUUUAAUCCCGACAACAAGCCGAUUCAGCCGUGUCCUGAUGUCUACUGGUUCCCCAUCGUUACUCGUAGGUUCACCAACGAACUCAUAGGGAUCGUCGAGGCUUUCGGGCAAUGGUCCGACGGAUCCAAUCAUGAUCCACGUUUGUCGGGUGGUUACGAGAACGUACCGACCCGCGACAUUCACAUGAAUCAAGUUCAGUACGAGCAACAGUGGUUAUACUUCUUGAAAGAAUACGUUAGGCCCUUGCAGGAGCUCGUCUUCACUGGCUACUAUCACGAUCCGCCACGAUCGCUCAUGAACUUCGUCGUGAAGUAUCGUCCGGACGAGCAGCCGUACUUGAGGCCGCACCACGACUCGUCGACCUACACCAUCAACAUCGCCCUGAAUCAAGCGGGAGUCGAUUACGAGGGUGGCGGAUGCAGGUUCAUUCGAUACAAUUGUUCAGUCACCGACACGAAGCCAGGCUGGAUGUUGAUGCACCCUGGAAGACUGACGCACUAUCAUGAGGGAUUGCGAGUGACCGCGGGCACGCGUUACAUUAUGAUCUCCUUCGUGGAUCCGUGAUAGGACACUCGUGCGAAUCCGUCCUCCGUUGAUGAAAGAUCCACGUAAUCUGCAAAUUAUCUCGGAAACCUGCCGCUAUAUCGAAGAAGCGAAAGAGAAAUACUUACUAGGUACACUAACGCGCGAGCGGAUAACGGAGCGGUUGAUGAAGAAAUGAGUAAGAUGACGAGAGAGAGAUAUAUAUCAGCGAGAAAUUAUGGUUCUACUUACGAACGGAACUCGUUCGAUCGUUGUUACCGACUAGAGAAACGUCAAUUGUCACGACGGACUGAAUAUAUAGUGCAUUUAACAAACCGGGGAUAAACCGCUCAAUCGAUAUAUUAUUUUUCUACUCCAGCGUAAAUUGCACGCCUAAUCAUCAUGCUUCGUAUUUAGUAAGAUUGCGCGAAUUUUUACUAAGAUAAAACUGUAACUGUAAUUGACAAUUAUAUUCGUUGAGACAUCUAAAUUCACUGA